CACACUCAAAAUACCUCCAACGAACGAAACAUCCCUACUACCUAAAGAUCCGAGACUGAUAACACAAAUCUCCCCAUUCACGCUCAUUGCGGACUUCAUCACUCUUCUAAAAAGAAACUUUUCGCGCGAUACUAUCGAUUCAACAGGCACUCCUUCGAAGUGUCUCGAGAACAAAUACCUACCACGCAAGCAACCCCCUUCAAAUACGCCCGUGCUCAUUAUUCAAAAUGGCUGCCGCUACGAUCCAGAAUCCAGCAGUUAGAUCGGAAUCCAAGUCUGCCAAGAAGAAGAAGGCAAAGGCCGCGUCCGAGGAGACAGCUACCACUAGUACUUCUGUAGAAACCACUACCUCCAACGGUGCUCCCGAGAGCAACAGUGGUGAUGGCUCCUACGAAAGUCCUUACAUUAAGGAGCUCUACAAGAGCAUCCGAAAUGUCAACAAGAAGAUCGCCAAUGCCUCCAAAGUUGACAACAUCCUCGCCGAGAAUCCCGACAAGAGCCUUGACGAUUUGGUUGCGGCACGCAAGAUCAAUUCUGAUCAGAAGGCUCAGAUCCUAAACAAGCCUAAGCUUCAAGCAUCUCUGGCACAGCUCGAAGAGCAGAUCAACCAGUACAAGAAGUUCGACCAAGAUUAUAAGGCAAGAAUGCAGGCGGAGAAGGCUGAAUAUGAGAAGACAUUCAACGAGAAGGCCAGCAAGGAGUUGGAGGAUGCUGUUACUGCUGCAAAGGCGGAGGCUGUCGCUGAGGCCCUGAAGGAACAACAUAACAAUCUACUCUUGAUCUCACAGUUCUUACGACUGGCUGCUAUUCGCAGAGGGGAUGAAGAGGCCGAUGCUACUCUUGACGAGAAUAAGGCACUUGAGGGUGUUCUGGCAAAGGUCUAUACCGGUGAUGAAGAGGCGGUUCAAACUAUGCUCAAGAUAAUUCACGGCUCUAGCGACAAAACCGUCUCUGUCACCAGCGAGAUUCUGAGCACCACUUAUGCCGAGAUCAAGGCUGCCGUCCUUGCACAGGCUCCUCCACCCUUGGUCACUGAAGGCGUCCUUGAGUCGGCUCAGGAAGCUCCAGAGACCACCCAAUACCCUGUGGAGACUGAUCCUACCAUUGCCAACGCCGGUCUUACCGAACUCAACGCUCCCGCUGCCACCACCAUAACCAAUGGACAGGAAGGCCACUAUGAUUCCCAGGCCGUUCCGCAAAAUGCUGGUUUCGGUAAUGGCGCUGCCAAUGCUGCGGCCGAAGCCAACUGGGACGCUGGCAACGACCUGUCAGCCUCGCAAGAGUGGGUUGAGGUUCCUCGUGUUCCUGCUGAGACUGAUACUGGCGCCGCUCCAACACCUGCUGCUCCUUCCAAAGUCCAAAGCUGGGCUGACGACCAACCGGACAGUACUGAGGCUCCUUCCGCUCCCCCUGCUAACCCUAAUGACGGCUUCCACGAAGUUCACAGAUCUCGAGGUGGAAAUCGCGGCGAAGGACAAGCUCGUGGUCGUGGCGGCCGUGGGGGUGACGGAUAUCGAGGACGUGGUGGAUUCCGAGGCGAUGGCCGUGGUCGAGGACGUGGUGGCCCCCGUGGCGGAGCACGAGGUGGUCGUCGCCCAGACGAAUCAUAAGCCACUGCAUCCAGCGCUCUCACAUUCGCCAUUGCGUCUGUGAUAUAAAUUUCCACACUUGUAAUUUCUCUUUGCUUGUUUUGCGGCAUCAAUGGCGAACAGGUAUCUUGCAGCAUUGCAUGUGUUAUGAUGGACGACCGGGUUGCAAACAUAGAAGGGAGCGUUCACUUGCAUUGUUUACUGCAUUGUCACUGCAUUUUCUGGCUGUCGACACUUCUCCUUGAGGCGCACUCUCGAGCAUGAGAAAAUUU